CGCGAUCGAUUGCUCCCCAAUGCUUCGCUCGGCAAGUAAAGAUGGCGGCUCCUGUGGAAGCGCCAAUGUCCCUGUUCAUGUGAAUGAUCAAAACAAACCUCAUCCAGCCUUUACAGGCGCCGUAAGAGCGGCCUUUCGGCACCUGAGAGAUGUGUGAAGGUUACGCGCGGUCGCUGCUGCGGGUGUCCGUAGCGCAGAUGUGCCAGGCGGUGGGCUGGGACGCGGUGCAGCUGAGCGCCUGUGAUCUGCUGUCCGACGUGCUGGAGAGAUACGUGCAGCAGCUGGCGCGGAGCUGCCACCGAUACUCCGAGCUCUAUGGACGUACAGACCCUGGACUGAGUGAUGUGGAUCAAGCUUUUGGAUUUUUGGGAGUCAGUAUAGCUGAACUUGAGGACUAUGUGAACAAUUUGGAGCCUGUUGGGUUUCCUCAAAUGAUCCCUCAGUUUCCUAUUAGCAAGAGCAGCGUCCUGCAGUUUCCUGCUGCUGGCUUUGACACAGAUGCUCGCGAUGCCCUGAGGGGAGAGAGGAGAGACUAUGUCCCAGAAUAUUUCCCUCCACUUGUUUCGCUGCAGGAAGAUGAGGAAGAGGAGGAACCUGUUCCUGCGGAUAUGGGCACUUCUGCUGAGGCCAUGCAGGUCUCAUUGGGUGAGGAAGAGGAUGGAGAGGAAGAAGAAAAUGAUGAGAACUGGCUCAGUCGUCAUGAAGGACAGAGUCCCAGACCUGAGGGUCUUUUGCCUGCUGCCAAGAGACCCCGACUGAGCACCAAACCCGGUGUUAGUCCUGAAUGGAGCUAUGAACCACGAGAACCUCUCAGUUCGCUCAAUUCCCAGCACAUGCCUCAUUCCCCCUCCCCUCCCCUUUCCCCUGAAUUACCACGACCACCUGUGGCACCCCCUACGCCUGGACACAAGCCCAAACUUCCCUCACCCUCUCCUGCACGACAAAAGAACAAGUCACCCAAAAGAGGGGGUGGUUCUGCACCAACUGGUGUGUUGGGGCGGCCUCUUACAUUGACUCCGCCAAAGACCACUCAGAAGCCAGGAAAAAGGUCACCUGGUAGGCCCAAAAGCCCCCGCAGUCCAAGGCCAAGCCCUGCCCAUUUAGGGGCAAUUGGCCGUGGUUGGGCCUUUCCUCCUGGAGAGGACAAUUCCCACGAUGGCCAGUUCAAAGGCAAUGACACGGGAGACGAGGAUAUUGAGAAUUCUAUUGCCGCUGUCAUUGCUCGCGCUUGUGCGGGUGGAGAAGGCACAUCAGACCCAUUUGCUUAUGACUCUGAUUCGGACAGUGAUGGGCCAAACCCUUCAAAACCUGUGCAAAAACAAAUACUUACCCACAUCAAACCUCCACAAACUCUCCUUGGUAAACACCCACCUACGCCGAUUCCCCAACUUCUUAACACACCCAACCGCUGGACAAUGGAUGACUCUAUUGAUGAGGUCAUUCGAAAGGCCAAUCAGAGUCAAAAGCCAAUUCAGGCACCAAGUCUAUCCCCCCCAGAGCCUGCUUACCUGUCCUCGCCAUCAGACUCUCCCCCCACGCCACCACCCCCUCUCAAACCUACCCAAGAACGAAAAGACCCUGCGACCCCCUUUCUCCUGAAGAAGAAACUUAAGAAAGACAUCAAGGCCAAGCAGAAGAAGAAAGACAAAGAGCGACUCAAAGAGAAAGGAAAAGAGAAAGGUAAGAACAAGGACAAGAACAAGGAGAAGAAGCGAGAAAAGGAACGAGGGCAAGUGGAGGAGAACAAGUUGCCUUGGCCAGAGCUAUCGCUAGGGGUUGAGGAGCGAAGAGACGGCAUUAGCGGAAAGAAAGAGAAGGAUAAGCACAAGGACAAAAAGAAAGAUAAAGAGAAAAGCAAGAAGGACAAAGAGAAACGAGACAAGGGAAAGGAUCGAGGCAAGGAAGAGAAGAAGAUAUCUCAAGGAGCCAAAGACAUUGCUGCCGCAGUUGCCACCAGCCCCCUCUUCAGCCCCCAGUCCUGCCUACGUGUCCCAUCAAUGCUGCCCCCUCUGCCACCGAUACUCCCUGACAAAGUGUUCCCGCUUCCCAAGGACACCAAGGCUAAAGACAAAGACAAGAAGAAGGAAAAGAAAGAGAAAAAGAAGAAGAAAGAGAAGGAGAAAGAUAGGGACAAGGAGCGCGAAAAGGAACGGGAGAGGGAACGGGCCAGGGAGAAAGAGCGAGACAAGGAGGAGAAGAAGAAAGAGAAGGAGAAGAAAGAAAAGACAAAGGAAAAAGAGAAAGAGAAACCAAAACUUGAAAAAACGAAUUUAAUGGCCGAAGUUUCUCCCGCCGUCCCGCCUUCUCCUGUCAUACCCCGACUGACCCUCAGAGUGGGCGCUGGACAAGACAAGAUUGUGAUCAGCAAGGUGGUCCCAGAAUCAAAGCCCACCCCUCCACCACCACGGACCCCAGUGGCCAAGUCCGGUCCAGGGGCUAGGAUGCGUUCCCCUCCGGCUCCUCCUCCACCUGCCCUGGCUCCUGUCGUGCCCCCACCCCGCCCUCCCCCUGUCCUGAUCCCUCCAACCCCAACCCCUUUUAUUCAGUCCCCACCCAGCCAAGCCAAAGCACGUGGAUGCAGCGUUGUCACGGAGACCGUCAGUGCAUACGUGAUUGUAGAUAAGUCCGGUAAUCGAAUCUGGAUUUGUCCGGGAUGUAACAAACCUGAUGAUGGCAGUCCUAUGAUUGGCUGUGACGAGUGUGACGACUGGUAUCACUGGCCCUGUGUGGGUAUUGUAGCGGCCCCUCCAGAGGACCAGCAAUGGUACUGUGUGAAAUGCACUGGCAAGAAGAAAGACAAGAAGACAAAAAAGAGGAAACGCAAAGCGCACUGACCCACGUUUAUAUUUCUCCCAUCUCCAUGUUCACUUGUUCUCGCCUUAAUUCAUUUCCAACUUUCUUUUGCUGCAGUCGUUUUGUUCGUUCGUUUCUUUUUUUUUGGUUCGCCCGACCCUUCUUUUAACUAGGUUAACUUAACUCCGUAUCAUAAUGUAUCUUUUAAAAUGAAAAUUUCAAAUUGUGUAUAUGUUACUUUUUAUGUGGAGAAUCGUACAGUAUGUCUAUAUGAUCUUUCUACCGGACUCAUGGUUAAGUAGAUGUGCGUGUGAAAUGAACCUCUCAGUUCAACCUCAUUAAAGUUUGUUCAGUGUACAAUCUGAUUCAUCAGAGCUACAUUACACAAGAGGAUUAAAACAUUCUCUACCAUAAUCUGCCUUUUAAUAACGUUCUUCUGAUUGAUUUUGACUGGAGGUGCAGUUUCAUUUUAUUAUGAAUUUAAUUAAAAGUUGUUUUU